UUCUUUUUCCAUCGGGUAGGCCGGGUAUGUCUAGCCCACGCAAAACUUUCGGAUUUUAAGAAUGAUUAAAAAAAUGUAAAAGGCCCAUGCUUCCGGCCCAACAGCGAGCCCGUCACCUGUGCCCUGUCUCUGUCGCUCGUGCUGUCCUCUUCCAAUCGAGUCGAGCUAUCGAUCCAGGCAAACGCCGCCGCCGCCGCCGCGCCGCCUGCCCGCCUUCCGCCUCCACGACUGGCCCGGCCCCGCAGAUUCUGCCCAAGCCCCAGCUCAGCCAAAUCUCUCCUGUAGUUUACUGUCGCUGUGCCCUGCAGAUAUCACUAUCACUUGCCCCUCUGUGGCAGUUGUCCAUUCGAUUGCAAGUCUGCCUGUGAAGGUAUAGAUCAUGUUUUACUGACAAGAUCAUUGGUAGAGGUACUGUUACAGCAGAAAUAUAAGGUUGUGUUUGCUGGCUCACAUUCCUACAUCUACGGAAAUGCAUCCCCAUCUAACCCUACACAGGCAUCCUAUGUGUGCUGAGAUUAUCGAAGAAUUCCAGAAGUGCCAUGUGGAUCACCCCAUCAAAAAAUUCUUUGGUGAAUGCACAGAUCUUAAGAUUAAGCUCGAUCGGUGCUUCCGGCAGGAGAAAGCUGUGAAGAGAAAGGCAAACUUUGAAGAGAGCAAGAAAUUUAAAGAAAGGUUGCAGGCUUAUAAAAAGGAAAUGGCUGAGAAAGAAAAUGAAUCAUAGCUUCGAACGGAGGACAAGGACAUUCACUGAAUGCUAUUUUGCUGCAAUCCUGUGGCUUCAACUUUGUGAAACGAAGUUCCGGACUUGUCUUUACUUCAUGUUUACAUCACAUAUCUACCGUUAUAAGAUUACAGCUGAGGUCAUAUAAUCUAUUUAGAAGUUCAAAUUUCCCUCUCUGGCUGUUGCUAUUCAUGGUUAGUCUAUUCCCAUCAUAUAUAUAGACAAUAAAUCUUGCUCCAAGUUGGUGUUGUACUGUAAAAACUACUAUAUGAAAUCUUUUUUUUUCUUCUUGAAACUUCUGUAUGAAAUCUUCACAACUAUGAAAUGAGUGGCAAGUAAAUCCAGUAUGUUUUCUGGUACUUUGCUUCUGGAAUUAA